GUGGGCAGCUAUGUUUGGGCUCCGUCUGUUGAUUCUAAUAGCCGUUUUCCGCUCUCUGCCUCUUGAUUAAUAUCCACGAUAGCUAUCUUGACUCGAGGAGGUUGCAGCGUGUUCCUUCAGAACCAUGGCGUCAGGCGAACCAAGAGCGAAGAAACUCCGACUGUCAGAUGAGAAAAAGGAGAAGAAAACCCCAGAAAAGAAGACCCCAGAGAAAACUCCAGAGAGUUCAAGGAAAGCCCCGACCAAACUGGGCCCUAAUUCUCUGUUCGGGAUGGGGAACCCCCUGCUGGACAUCUCAGCCGUCGUGGACAAGGACUUCCUGGAGAAGUACGGUCUGAAGCCCAACGACCAGAUCCUGGCCGAGGACAAGCAUAAAGCAUUGUUUGAAGAGAUUGUCAAGAAGUUUAAAGUAGAGUACCAUGCCGGAGGAGCUACACAGAACUCUAUAAAAAUCGCCCAGUGGAUGAUCCAGGAUCCCCACAAGGUGUGUACGUUCUUCGGCUGUAUCGGAGAGGAUAAGUUUGGGGAGAUUCUGAAGCAGAAGGCAGACGAGGCCCACGUGGACGCCUACUACUAUGAGCAGACAGAGGAGCCUACAGGGACCUGCGCCGCAUGCAUCACCGGAGACCACAGGUCCCUGGUAGCUAACCUAGCGGCAGCUAACUGUUAUAAGAAGGACAAACAUCUGGACUUGAAGGAGAACUGGAAACUGGUGGAAAAAGCCAAAGUUUACUAUAUCGCUGGUUUCUUCCUGACUGUGUCUCUGGAGUCCAUACUGAAAGUGGCCAAACACGCUUCUGAGAACAACAAGCUGUUCACUCUGAACCUCUCCGCUCCCUUCAUCUCUCAGUUCUUCAAAGAUGCCCUCAUGGAGGUCAUGCCCUAUGUGGACGUGCUGUUCGGCAACGAGACGGAGGCGGCCACGUUUUCAAAAGAGCAAGGCUUUCAGACUGAGGACAUCGAGGAGAUUGCUAAAAAGGCAGAGGCUCUGCCCAAAGUCAACAAGAAGAGACCGAGAAUCGUUGUCUUUACUCAGGGGAAGGACGGAACCAUCAUGACCAAAGGAGGUGACAAGGUGGAGACGUUCCCAGUGCUGAAGAUUGACCAGAAGGACAUUGUGGACACAAAUGGAGCCGGAGAUGCCUUUGUAGGAGGAUUCCUGUCAGAGUUGGUCCAGGACAAGGAGUUGGAACAGUGUGUGAAAGCAGGACACUACGCUGCCAACGUCAUCAUCAGACGAGCAGGAUGCACCUUCCCCGAAAAACCAGACUUCCACUGAUGACCUGUAACCUUAAUUGCUGACCUCUUACCCCUACCCCUAACCCAUCCACCCUUACCUUCCAACUGAAUGAAACCAGGUCCCCCCUGUCCUUUUUUUUCUUUCAACCAUCCAUCCAUGCCUUCAUCCAAUCCAUCCAUAUAUCUGUCAUUGCUUUCAUCCCUUCUUCCCUUGUCUUUCUGCAACCAGACUUCUGUGCCUAUUCUUCUUGUCCUACGCUAGAGGAUGCUCUCGGGCCACACUGCCUGAUACAGCAGUAUCUGUUUAUACUGAUGUUCAACUGCCCUCCCUAAGAACUUCUGAAGUCUACUGCCCUCUGUAAACACAGUUAGACCUUAGGUACCAACGUAAUACUGCCGAUUCACAGUUAACUAUCAGCCUCUCAAUAAACUGUCAUGUUUACACACACUG